AAGGGCCGCCGAAGCGUGCACUCGGUCGCGAAUGUGUACUUAUAGUCAGAGGUGUGAAAUUUUGUAUUUUUAUAUAUUUCUAAUAAUUGUUAAUCGUGAAUUAUAGUUUAAGGGGCUGAACUUUAGCAAAUCCGCUAAAAAUGUCAAACUUUACACGCUUAUAACUUUUUAACCACUGGAUUCCUAAAGUUAAGACUUGCAUUUUCAGAUUCUACGCAUCAAAAACUAUGGAUUAAAAAGAAAAUAUCGAAAAUUUUGGGUCCGGUAAAGUAAAGUUUACCCAACAUUUAAACCUAUUGGGUGUAUACAUAUAUAUCAUUUUCCUCCGUGGGUAAAACAGUACGUGAGCAUGAUAGGAUCACAUACGCUAUAAAACCACACGCGGCACACGCCACACGCUAUCUUUCGUGUUAUUAUAGAAACUAUACUCCCUAUAUAUUUACAUACAAUUUUGUGUUUACCUGAAUUGUAUAAACAAAGUAUGAAAACCAUUCAUGGGUUUAUAAGCAAUUCUAACAUUGUACUUGACGGAAUAUAGACAAGUUAAGGAAAGCACUUUUGCAAUCAUUACAAGAUGCCAGAACCGUUGCCAUCGAAACAAAAUAAUCGUUCAAGGAGUUCAGCUAAUGAAAAUUCUGAACCUGGGUUUCACUCUAGAAAACGGAAACAUUCUGUUACAGACAAAAAUGAUGUAGUACCAAAGAGAUUGUGUGAAGAUUCAGAAUUGUUGAGUGAUUUACAAGAUGAGUUUAGACAAGAUUCACCUGAUGAAUUCCAUAAUUCUUGUCAAAAUGAUCAAUACAGGAAUAAUAUUCCUGAUACUUUGAUUAGACUUAUGUAUCAAUUGGACUUGUCAGUGCUUUGUACGCUUAGAAAGUCUGCACAUGAACACAAAUAUGCCUCAACCUCCUUAGCAUUUGGAGAUUCUGAGAUUGACAAAUUUAGUGAUAUUGUUCUUCGUUAUGAAGAGAAAUCCAUUCAUCUACACAUUGAAACUGUAGACAAAUAUUAUGUAGAUAACGAUAUUGGGUAUGCUGGAUUGUUCACCAAAGAAAAAGAAAAAAGAAGAUUUUAUAUAAAUGAUUACUUUGAUAGCUUUGUUAAAUAUCUAAUGUCUAAAUUAGAUGGUUCAUUGAAUAAUAUAGAAUAUCUUAUUAUCUAUACCAAUUCAGGUUUGGAUCUUACAGAAGAGAAGAAAUUAAAACGAGGACGAUCCAGAAAUUUUUAUCCUAUUAAAUUUGAUAAUAUGAAUAUGAAGGAACACUAUAUUUUAAAAAAUUUCUUUUUUAUAAAGGAUAGUGUGCGAGAGCGUGGUUUUUAUCAGUUUUCACGAGAUAAGAUAAUAAGAGAAGAACUCUUAAAGCGAUUAGAAUUCUCAGCUGCUAUGCAAAAAGCAAUAGCAAAAAGAACACCUUGUCAAGGUUUUGAAAGAAAGAUAAAAGAAGCAUUUUUGGAUAAAUUAGUAUUUGCAGUAAAUCAGCCUAAUAGAGAAGAGUUGAACAGCCUUAUUAGAAAUAAAAUGAAAAAAAACAGUGAAAUUGAAGAUAAUUAUAAAACAUUACAAAAAAGAAUAUUACGUACUUUGGCAGUUCCAGGAAAACAUAAAAAAAUUAGAAAUUAUGUAUCUAGGAUUGUAUAUGAAUUCAGUUUAUUAAUGUCCUUCUUGCAUGACAUGUUUUUGCACAAAAAUAUGUUUUCCAUAAAUUUUGAAGGGCAGAGCCCUGAUAUAUCUAACGACAUCAUCAUCAAUUAUAGAAAUAGAAUUACUUAUGUGAAAGCUCAUGAUGCAGAUAGGGAUAUUGACUAUAGUAAAUUGUUUCCCUCUAAACAGGAAGAAGAGAAUACGUUUUCUAUUAAUAAACAUUUUGCACUUUUUGUUGAAGAGUUACAGCAUGGUAUAAGAUAUUUUAUUAUCUACACUAAUGCCAAUCUAAUGCUUACAGAAGAAAAGACAUUAAAAAAUGGGAAACCCGAAGAUUUUUAUCCUUUAAAAUUUGAUGACAUAGAUAUUCAAAAGAAAAGAUAUAAAAUUUUAAGAAAUUGUACCUGUAUAAAUGGGAAUGAUCUUUAUAAAUUUUCACAAGAAGAAACAACAAGAGAAAAUGUUCUAAAUCUACUAAAGCUUCCACCUUUUCUGCAAAAAGAAAAGGAAGAAGGAUGUCUUUCCGAUGAGAAUGAAAAGGAAAUAAAAGUUAAAUUUUUGGAUAGACUAAUAUUUGCAGUUAAUCAAUAUGAUAAGAAAAAAUUGAAAAGUGUUAUUAGGAAUGAGGUGAAUAAGUUUGAUGUUCCAUAUAAUCAUGAAGAAUUACGUGAAAUAACGUUACGUUGGUUAGAGUCUCAUGAAUUUGGUCAUAUUACAAAGGGAAUGAUGGAAAAACUUUUAGAAGAUAUAAAAAAUAAUAGAUCUAGUUAUCAGAAGACUCAGAAUAGAGAUAUUAAUGAAGAAAUUAAUUUUGCUAAAAGUGUUGUUGGUAGACAAGGAACACCUACAUUUCAUCAGUUUUUAAAUUAUCUAAUUAAAGGAGAAGGAAAAAGAAAUCUAGAAAUUCUGAAAACAAACAGAAUAGAUCUCACUAGCAUGUCCAGUAUUUUGAACAGAUCAGGAGGCACUGCUAUACAUGCUUUUAAAGGACUGUAUAAUCUUUGGUUUGAUGAAAAAGAAAAUAAAACACGAUACCUGCAAACUCUAGAAAGAGUGGGAGUAAAUCUAGCUACUAUGUCCAGUAUUUUGAAUGGAGCAGCAAAUUGUGCUGUGAGUGCUUUCAAAGGAUUAUAUGAUCUUUGGUUUAAUAAAGAAGGGAGUAAAACACAAUAUUUAAAGACUCUAGAAAAAGAAGGAUUAAAACUAACUAACAUGUCCAGUAUUUUAAACAGAGCUGGAAUUACAGCUCCUACAGCUUUUAAAGAUUUAUAUGACCUUUGGUUCGAUCAGGAAGGAAAUAAAACACAAUAUUUAACAACUCUGGAGAAAGAAGGAAUAAAUUUGGUUACUAUGUCCAGUAUUUUAAGUGGAGCAGGAAGUAAAGCGUCCACUUCAUUUAAGGACUUAUAUGACCUCUGGUUCGAUGAAAAAGGAAAUAAAACACAAUAUUUAAAGACUGUAGAAAAAGAGGGAAUUAAUUUGGCUAAUAUGUCGAGUAUAUUAAAUGGGGCAGGAGUUAAAGCUCCUAUAGCUUUUAAACAGUUAUAUGAUCUAUGGUUUGAUGCAGAAGGGAAUAAAACUCACUAUUUAAAAACUCUAGAGAAGGAAGGAGUUAAUCUGGCUAAUAUGUCUGGUAUUUUAAGUAGAGCAGCAGCUAAUGCUUCAAAAGCUUUUAAAGGAUUAUAUGAUUUGUGGUUCGAUGUAGAAGGAAAUAAAACGCAAUAUUUAAGAACUCUAGAAAAAGAAGGAAUAAACGUGGUCAGUAUAUCUAGUAUUUUGCAUGGAGCAGCAGGUAAUGCGAUAAAAGCUUUUGAGGAAUUAUAUAACACUUUUUUUGAUGAACAAGGAAAUAAAAAACAACAUUUAAAACACUUUCUCGAAGGAGAAGAUGAAAAAAACAGUUUUACACUGGCUAAUCUGUCUAGUAUAUUAAAUGGAGCAGGGGCUAAUCCUCAAGAUGCUUUUGAAAAAUUACAUAGUGCUUGUUUCAAUAAGGAAGGAAAGAGAAAAAAGCUUUUAGAUGAUUUUUAUAAUGCAAAUUUUAAAGCGAGUCAUAUAUCUUGUAUGUUAUGUGGAUCAGGCGUCCGUGCUUCCGCUGUUAUAAAAAAAUUCCAUAGUGUUUAUUUCGAUCCCAAAGGGAAACGAUCAAAACUUCUGGUUGAUUUCUAUGAGAUUGGUUUUACGCCCGGUGAUUUAUGCAAUAUAUUGAGCGGAGCGGUAGACAAUUUAGAAAAGUUUCACAACUUUUGUUUUGUAGCAGAAACUAAAAAGUAUUUAAAUAAUUUCUUAAAUGAGGAAGGUUUUACGGUGAGUGGUUUAUGUAACAUAUUGCACGGAGCAAGAGGUAAUGUUUGUCCUGCUUUGAAAGAACUUUCUACUGUUUGUUUUGAUGAGACAGGAAACAAAACACAGCUUUUAAAUGAUUUCUAUAAGGCAGGUUUCACACCUAAUGAUUUAAUCCGUAUACUGUCUAUGACAGGAAAUAAUGCUGCUUCUGUUUUGAGAAAUUUUCACAAGUCUUGUUUUAACGAGAAAAAUUAUUUGAAUCACUUUUUAGUUAAAAGAAGACUUUUUACGUUGAAAGAUUUAUGCGAUAUAUUACACGGAGCAGGAAUUAAUACUUCUAGUGUUUUUGAAAAAUUACAUGAUCUUUGUUUUGAUGAGACAGGAAAAAAAACAAAAUAUUUCAAGAAUCUUAUGAAAUAUGAUGGAGAUCAAGCGUUUGAUGUAUUAUAUGAGAAAGUUAGGAAAGCUCCUUAUAAGGGUUUGUUAUUAUCUAAAUAACAAAACAGGAAUGUAAAUACCUCU